GAGGGAGGGACGCGUCAUUCUGACAUUAAAGUUGCUAUUAUACGGAGAGUCGCGCAGAAGGAUCCGGCAGCUAGUAGUCCGGGGAAAUCCCUCCGAGGAUAAAUUCAGCAAGAAGCUGACGCGUAGGACAUGACGGGGACUCCGUUUCCAGCCGGAGCUGCGCUCAGAGCGAGGCGAGCGCCAAGUUCGUGAAAAGGGAUUAUAUGUUUUUUUUUUUACUUUUUGUUUUGUCGGUGCGUGAAGAAUCUCCGGCGCCUACGGAUUUGUUCACCUCUCUUCUUCCUUUGGAUUUGGGAUUUAUUGGCUCGAGCUCAUCGGGAUGGAGAGCCGUGAUUUCGCUCCCCCGCACCCGCUCCUGACGGAGCGGAGCGCGCUGGUGCACAGCGCCGCGUCUCGGAUGGCGCCGGGCGGCCACCGCUCCGUGCAGCACCCCGCGCACUUCCAGCCGGGGAAAUACUACUCGUCCCACCUCUCCAUGGGCCCGCACACAGGUGCUUCCUUCAUGGGCUCCUUCCUGGCCCGGAGUCUAGGGUCCCCAUCCUCCCACCCUCCUCACCCAUCUGGACCUGCUGUCUCCCCCUCCUCCCCAUCCUACAGGGCUGGAACCCAUUCGAGCACUUCCUCUAUCUGGUUCCCCCAUUCACACGAAGGGUACCCUGGCUAUUCAGGAAGUCUUGCUUCUCCAUUUCUCCCCAUGAGUCCCCUGGAUCACCAUAGCAACAGUCUCUAUGGACAGCACCGCUUCUAUGAAUCUCAAAAAGAUCACUUCUACCUGAGAGGCCUUCCUCCCCAGUCCCCUCUACUUUCCACAAAUCACAACCUUCCCCCGCUGUCCAGGACCGCCCCGGGCCACCCACUUGGCCAUUGCAGCCGGGAGACCGACAGCGGGGGAGGAGGUGGGAAGAGCACCAAGGAUUUGGGCGAAAAAACGGUUGUGUCAAAAGACAAGGAGCGAUCAAGCAGCAAAGAGCGGCACCAAGACAGCAAAGACAAACAACAGUUUCAUCAUCACCACCCUCAUCAGACGAAUGCUGCCACCACUCCAUCUAGCCUCCAGCACCAAUCUUACCCCCACCCUCACCAUGCCCUUCUUUCUCACCUUGCACUCCAGGGCAGGGAGGAAGACCACAGACACUCUCUGGAGCGACAUAAAGACUACAAAGACAGUGACUCGGGCAGUCAGGGAACAAAACUUAUGAGUGCCUGUAAAUUGUCCAGUGCAAUGGGGUCAGAGUCUGUGUGUGGAGGAAAAGGAGGAACACUAAGCAGUUGCAAUGGUGGUGGGGUGAGUCGACUCACAUCUGGAGGUGGAGUUGACAGGCAAGGCUCAAAAGAUGGACCCAUUAAUGGAGAAAUGAGAAUCAGAGAGUCCUCAACUUCCUCAUCUGAAUGUAUGCGACGAGGGGCCGUUUCAGCAACAGCGUUCCUGGCACCUCCGACACCUCACUCUGUGGCUUCUUACUCCAUGCCUCCACCUCCCGCACCACCACCUCCUCACUCUUUGCACAUGGGCUCACCAGUGACAGGUGGGUGGCUACACCCUCCAAGUCACCAUCCACAUCCUGAGUUUUACUGUCACCCUCCUCCUCCACUAACACUUACACCCUCUAAAGAUCCAGCAUUCAGUCCUGGAGGGUCCAGUAUGGAGGCAAAAGUCACUGGCCCAACUUAUGUGCCCUCGGUUGGACUGCAAGGUGACUUGGCCACUCCUGAUUGUUGUGGGACAGGAGGAGGUGAGAGAAAAGCAGAAAACAAAAGUGUAGAAAGAUCUUUUGAAACUUCCCAUCAUCACCACAGCUGCCUUAGCAGCUGCCAGAAGAAAGACAAAUCCCAGUCACAGCAACAGCAGAUGGGAUAUGGCAAAGCUGAAAAACCUCCUGACUGGAGCCAGCAAACGCAUCACUUCCAAAAGUCUGGCUCCAAUGUGAGCUCUCAACCUGAACUGCGGUCCUGCAGCAUGGACAUGUCUUCAUCGUUCAGAGAUGGUGAAAUAUCAAAUGAGAUUUACCGCCCCUCACUUCCACCAGAUAGCCAUAAAGAACACUCUAGUUCUGAACAGGGUGCAACCAACAAUGGUCCCAAUUCCAGCACUUGCUCCUUUAGAGACUGUUCUCUUUCAAGUUCAAAUGGAAAGGUGGGACUGGGGCCCUCAGUGCAGAAGGAAGGACAAAAGGUUGCAAGAAUACGGCACCAACAGCACAGUAGCCAGACAACAAUUAGCGAAGACAGGGACAGAGAUGGAAGUCGGACACCAUCUUCAUGGGGGACUCGAGGUGGUCAACAGGAAGACCAAACGAAAAGAUCCCAUCAUGCGUUGGUUAGUAAAGGGAGCCAUUCUCAGCAGCCUCCACCACUUUCCCACUCCUCACCACACGCCAAUGAUGGUGAGGGCAGUGCCAUAAAGAAUCUUAUGAACUACAGCUCCCAGCAGCCCUUGCUGUUGCCACAGAGAAGCCCUUUUGGCGGCCUUGGCUGCCUCAACAAGGGCGGGGAGAGAUCAGAAAAGGCCGACAGAGGAGGAGCUAAAAGCAACAUCUCCCAUCAAGAACCCCCAAAACAGUCUCUCCCAUCUCGCCGGGGCCCCACUAACGAGGGAGAAAAAACUGACAGAGGCACAAAGGAAGUGGGAGAAGCAGGAGAGGGGGAGGUCCGGCAGCCUCCAGUGGGUAUUGCUGUCGCUGUGGCCAGGCCCCCCCAUCGUUCCCCAGACAGCACUCCUGGAAACAACAGACAGAGCAGGGUGCUGCCCAGCAUGAAAGGGGUGUCACGUCCUGUGUAUCCUCUUGGUCGUGAACUGGAGGAGAGGAAGAGGAUGACAGAAGACCAGAUCAGCCUUCAUCAUCUCGACAGAGACAGGGAACUAGUCAUCAGCAGGGAAAACAAGGAUUGUGUGGAGUUUGCCAGGAUCCACCCUUCCAGUAGCUGCCAUGGUGACCUGACCUCUCACCUCCUGGUUGCUGGUGGAACAAGCCAGUUGGGGGCAGACCCUGUUGCACAUGCUCACCCAGCCCACCACCACCACUGGAUGCAGAGAACAGGAAGUCCCUCCCUCUGGAUGGGGCAUUCAUACAGUUUGAGCCAUGUGGGAAUGAACCCAGGUUUCCCACCUGGUCUUGCUAGUCCUUUGCAGCCUGUCUUGGGAUCACUUACCCAAGACCCAAACUCCCCACUUGUGGUUCUUCCUACAGAACCUGGACCUCAUCAUCAUCUUGAUGUUUUGGAGCAGUCAGGUUUGUGGCCUCCUGUUUAUGGAGCCAGGGCCCCUCCUCCUCACCUGCAGCACCACCCAGUCUAUUCGCGCACCUCAUACCUACAACAACAGGAGCUGUACGCCCUGCAGCAUCAGCAUCAACAGCGAGCUAUGGAGCACAUGCAGCGCAUCCCCUUAGGACAUAGAAAACACGAGGACCACACAAUCACAAUAGAAGACUCUCCUGCUGAACCUCCAGCAUCAAGAACUCCCUCCUCUUCCUCUUCUUCAUCCACUGUCUCCUCCCAUACAGCAAAACCCUUCUCCUACCCUCCUCCUCCUUCACACAAGACCUCCACACCAUCGCCCGGGCUCUGUCCCAGCAGUCGUCAGUCCCCCUGCUACCACUCCCCUUCCACACGCCCACGCCCACCCAACCCUCUGACCCCUGCUCCGAGCCCUGCUGCAGCAGCUCCGCGCUCCCCAGCCCUCAGCCCUGCUCCCUCACACCUCUCUAAAGGGCUGGAGAGGGGGAGCGACAGGGGAGAAGGGCAGCCCCCGCAGGACUACCCACAAUCCUUAGAGCCAGAUUUGCCACCUGUUUAUACAUUUUCUCCGGUCGCCCUGGGUUACAAAGCCGGGCCGUCUCCUCCUGAAGCCCGACUGGCUGAGCAUCCUUUGGCGGAAGACGAGCCAGCAGGGCCCGAAUCCAAGUCUCUCUCCCACCAAUGCCAUGUCAAACCUCUCACUGUGGAAGAGGAAAUGAGGAAGGAGGAGGAAGACUGCAAAGUGGUGACGUCCCGAGAUGAAGCGAAAGGAUGCUCUGAUUCUGGGACCGAGAGCCAAAUUUCUGGAUUGCUGCCAUGUCCUUUCCAGGCUCCAGUCCCAGAUCUUGUGGAUCUUUCUCUGAGUUGCUCAGGUCAGAAGGAGGGUCUCGAGGAGCCCCAGCUAUCCAAAGAGCGGCUUGAUGGGGAGAAUGGAAAAGUGGACAUGGAGGAGAUUGACAUGGAGCCUGAACCAGCUGAAUGUAUCAUCUCUGUGCCUGUAGAGCCCAAAGAGGAGGAGGUGGAGCAGGAGGGAGGGAGUGUGGAGGUGGUGGAGGAUAUUAACGCGAAAGAGGACAGGAAUGGGAAAAGUCCGGAUGAAGACUUGGAAUUAUUAUGCCCUUCUCCCACUCCUUCCCAGUCUGGUGACCCAAUACUUCCUCCAGCGAGUGCAGUGGCUCAGCUCGAAGGGGCCUACAUGUGGAGCCUGGAGUUGUUGAUUGCAGCGGCUCUGUGUGCCACCAGAGAUGCCUUGUACCCCCCGGUACCUGUUGAUCAGACACUAUACCCUUCAUCUCACCAUGGAAUGGAAAUACUGGGGGAACUUGCUGAACUGGAGAUCCAGCAAAGAAGCAGGAAGAGUACAGAAAAGGACAAUAAAGGUGAGGAGGUACAGACCCUCGGCCUCCAGAGUCUGGCGACGUUGGCGGCGGCUCGAGCCUUGGAGAUGGGUGGUGAGACUGUGGCGGAUGUGGAGACCGACCGGCAGUGCCCCAUUAAGAAGAGACUCAACCUGCGCAGGAAGUGCAGCUGGACACCUCGGCACGAGCCGGUGUGCCCAGUGAAGGGCUCCAUGGAGACGAUGGGAGGGGAGGAGCUGUCCAUGCGUGUCCAGCUGGCUGAGCUACAGCGCAGCUACAAAGAGAAACAGAGAGAGCUGGCCAAACUACAGAGGAAACACGACCACCAGAAAGACGAGACGUCUCGAAGCCCCGCUCGCAGGGGGCCUGGCCGCCCCCGCAAGCGCAAGUCCACCCCCGGCCCAGCUGCUGCAGAGAGCUCCAAAAGACUCAGGACUGGACUGAAUUUACUGGAGAAAAAAAGCAGGAGUGCACUGUCCAAUCACAACUUCAGCAGCCUCAGCGUAGCACAGAUGAAAGGUCACUGUAAGCACAAUGGUCGUCCCAGCGUCCUGAGCUCCAGGUUGGCCAGACGGGCGACCCAACUAAAGCAGAAGGCUGUAGCCCAACGUGACGCACCGUCAGCAGGCAUGUUGCACAGCAGUGAGGAAGACCCCUUCAAAAGCAGACAAGAGGAAAAAAGCUUGCAGCAGGACCAGGCAGACACUCAGACUGUGAAGAGGAAGAGAGGUCGAAAGCCCAAAGUACUGAUGGGUCUCAACUCUAACAGAGAUCUUCACAAGGACAGCCGAGACUCUGACAAACACAAAAGACGAGAGGAGAAGAGCUGCAGUGAGACUUCGGAGCAUGAGGAGGAGGUUGGCAGCUACGAUAGUGACGAUGGAACAGGUGACAUCAAGAUUAGCUCAUCCUCUAAAGAAGCAUCUGCAAACCCUGCUGGGACUUUGUCCUUUUCAUCUCAGUCUUCCAAGCUCCAAGCAAACCAAAAAGUCAAGACUAAGAGACCAGAACCUCUUGGGCAGGGAAGCUUGGCCUGCAUCGAGCAGAGGAGAGCACCCAAGAGGCCAAACCACACCAACAUGGAAAGGGGACAUCCGGACCACCCAGGGGCCAACAGAGCGUCCAUGCCCGGCUGGGGAAUUUUACCAGUGGGCUGCAAGUUUGGGGACAGACAUGGAAACCACCGAGCUUUGACAGAAGAAAAGCGAAUAAGCAAGGACGGUGAAAGGAGGAUCUCUACAGGACAGGGCCUCAGAGGAAAGGAUAAGGGCCACGCUGUGAGCCGACUCCUGCAGAGCUUUGCGGCUGAUGACGGCUUUCGUUUGGAUGAAGAGAGCAGUUUUUCUGAGGGGGAGGAUGAGGAGGAGGAGGAGGGGGAGGAAGAAGGAGACGAGGAAGGGGAGAAGGAAAAGUCAUCCCACCUUCCUCCUAACAUGCCUUCCAGAAUACCUGCUCUGCCAAACUGUGUGCUGAGUAAAGAGAUGUUGGUAGAUGGGCUGAAGAUCCUGAUCUCCAAAGAGGAUGAGCUGCUCUAUGCUGCAUGUGUUCAAAGUCUGGACCUGCCUGACAUAUUCAGUGUUGUCAUUGAAGGGGAACGAGGGAAUCGCCCCAGGAUCUACUCGUUGGAGCAGCUACUACAAGAAGCUGUGUUGGAUGUCCGACCGCAGACUGAAGCCAUCCUGACUGCAGGAACGAGAGUGUGUGCCUACUGGAGUGAGCGGUCUCGCUGUCUUUACCCUGGCUACGUCCAGCGUGGUAGCCCAGGUGAAGAGGAAAAGGAGGGUGGUGUGAUGGUGGAGUUUGAUGAUGGAGACAGAGGAAGAAUCUCUCUUGUGAACAUCAGACUUUUGCCUCCUGGGUACCAAAUUCAUUGUGCCGAACCUUCUCCAGCUCUGCUGAUCUCUCCCGGUCGUCGGGGUCGACGAAGCUCUACUGUGGAGAAGAAAGAAACACCUACAGAGAAACCAGCCAACGAGGAAGCAGGAGGGAAGCCCCAGGAAAAAAGGCCAGUUGGUAGACCGAAGAAAAUCUAUUCCAUGCCAAAGACAACUAGCACUUCAACUUCAGUAACAGAAACUGUAACAAAAGGCAACACUUCUUUAAUGAACUGGUCCAUGCCCAGGAAGAGACCACCAGUUGACUUCUUCCUCUUCAAUGGGACAUCUCGCAAGGCUCAAAAGAAAAUAAGAGAGCGGGACUUUGGUUUGUUUCAUCGGCCUGCCUUGCACUCUCUGGCACCGCCAACCCCUAUUAAAAGCAUUUUCGGCACUCCUUUUGAGGUUGACUCAUUCAGUAGCAUUGCUAAUGGCUACUCUACCUUUGGAUAUGGUGGAACCUCUGGAACAGGUAGACCAGUUACCAUGGCUUCCAUGGGGCUCCAGGACUCAUCUUGUUCCUCAUCUGUCACCAUGGCUACGGCAGCUGGAGGCCGUAAGCCUGUGAGUGAGCGUGACAGGAAGCACUUCUUAGUGAAGCUGGACCACGAAGGAGUGACUUCUCCCAAAACAAAAAAUGGCAAAGCUUUACUACGACUUGGAGGUUCUGGAGGGAGAGGAGUAAAAAGCCAUGCCUCUGCAGCGGCACCACUACGAUACGUCCACCCUUCACUGAUGGUCAAAGCUGCCACAAAGGAAGGAGGAGACAGGGACAGCGUUCAGUCUGACGCACUUCUAAAAGGCGUUCCAUCCUUGAGAAAGGAUGUUAUUCCUGCUAGUCAUGGAGUAAAAGGUGGGGAUUACAGUAUAGACUACCCCAGUGAUUGCCCUAGCUCUUACUCUGAGCUGGAAGAGGACGAUGAAGAUGAUGGCCAAGAAGCUGAAGCACGAAGAAGAAGAGUAGCUGUCUCAUCCCAUCGUGGUGGACGAUUUCUAUCCCGUCCUUCCAUCUGCUUUUCCUCAUCAUCCUCUUCCUCUUCCUCCUCUGGCUCCAUUUCAUCCUCAUCCCUCUGUUCCUCAGACAAUGACUCUUCUUACUCCUCUGAUGAAGAGUCUUCAUCUGUGCUGUUGCGAAGAGCACUUCUCCAGCAGGACAAACAGAAAAACAAGUCGAGUAUGAACUCUGACAUCAGGAGCCCUGACCCCACUACCUCUACUUCAGUUCCAGCUAACGAGUAUGCGACCAAAGCUGGCAUAGCCAUGGGAGGGUCAAAGGUGAGGACAGACAGAGCCGAAGACAGGAAGGAGUACAUCUGUAAAGGAUCUCUGGUGGCUAACAGCAGUGCAGCUAAGACGCAGCUGAAAAGGAAAGAAAGUAUUUCUUACAAUCACCAUCAAAGCCAAAGCUGUCCUGUGGGCCAGCAGCAGAAACCCGCCUCCAAGGACCCAGCAAUGACUAAAAAACAACGAAUGUCUUCACCUGAAUCUCUUCCCAAAAUGACCUCCCUGCUGCCUGGACGUCAUCUCUGGAAAUGGUCUGGCAACCCUACACAGAGGAGAGGUCUGAAGGGUAAAGCUCGUAAACUUUUCUACAAGGCCAUCGUGCGGGGCAAGGAGAUGGUGCGUGUUGGUGACUGUGCUGUGUUCCUGUCACCUGGGCGGCCCCAGCUGCCCUAUGUGGGCAGAGUGGAGAGCCUCUGGGAGUCAUGGAGCUCCAGCAUGGUGGUCAGGGUCAAGUGGUUUUACCACCCGGAGGAGACUCGUUUAGGGAAGAGACACCAUGAUGGCAAGAAUGCCUUGUACCAGUCGAGCCACGAGGAUGAGAACGACGUGCAGACCAUCUCCCAUCGCUGUCAGGUGGUCAGUAAGGCUGAGUAUGACCACCUGACGAGCGACCACAAACCAGGCAGCACUUCCAAUGACUUGUUCUACUUGGCCGGAACCUAUGAACCAACGACAGGCCAGCUGAUCAGCGCAGACGGCAUGGUCAUCAUGUCCUAGCACCAUGGGCUAGAGGGGAAACCAAAAUAUUGACCUGAUCACUUGAGGUCUAGGAUGGUCCUUUAAUGGAGGGUUGUAGACAGAGGCAAAUCAAAAACAAACAAUUUUAACUCAAUCGAUUUGCCGCGACAGAAGAAGGAUCUAGCCUCUUGAAUAAAGCCUUACAAUAAUGGCACUUAAAGGAGUCCUGUUUGUACUGAAGGAAAUGCUGGCCUGUGCCAGAUUUAUCCUUUGAAGGAGGUGUGAACGGAGGCUCCUUGUCACAUGGAGAGUAUUCAGCCGUCCCUGUGACUAUAACUGCAACAUGAAUACUGCAACACAAGAAGAGAAACCAAGAACAUGAGCACUUUGGAGUUUAAUAGUUUGAAUGUUUUUUUGAAGGGAGAGCAACACACUUGGCUUUCUGAAACAAAGACAGAGAGCAGGAGAGACUAACUGGUAAGGAGAGACUUGUUGUAAACCACACUGGUUUGGAUAGAUGUACCGGUAAUGGUCUUAUACUUUUAGUCUGACUGAGAUUGGGAGAUCCCCUGAUAGGACCAACAAACACUGUAGUUUGGACUUAAAAUGCAUCUAUGUGUGUUUUCAGAGUGAAUGGGAUGAACCUGCUUAAUGAGCUCUAAGUAAAUAGUGCUUUAACAUGUGUGUUUGUGCAGACUGUGCACACGUGUGCGCUCAUCAACUUAAGACAUCAUGUCACGAUACAGCAUGGGUAUGUUCCUGACACUCUUCUAUUAACCAGUCCAGUACUUAACGUGUAGUUUUUAGCCAUUGUGACUGAAACGCAGAACGUUUUUCUCCUUCUAAGCCAUACACAUCAAUACCUCUCUCUCUCGUAUCCUCUUGUCCAGGUGCGAAGACACAUGU